UAACCAGAAAAAUUUAGAUAUUCUAAGUAUACUGAUUUCUUGAGAGAUUUUCCAAAGGGCUCUUUGUCAAUAAUUAAUCAUAAAAGUCAAGCAUAUAGUUUAUUGAUACAAGUAGUAUUAAGUAUUAUUAAUACACUUCUAAUUUUCAAAAUUGUAAAAUGGGCAAUGAAAAUUCGUUACCGAUGGAACUUUGCUCAAAUUUUGAUGCUGAUGAAAUCAGACGACUUGGAAAACGAUUUCGCAAACUUGACCUUGAUAAUUCAGGUGCCUUAAGCCUUGAUGAAUUUUUGUCUUUACCAGAACUACAACAAAAUCCAUUAGUUCAAAGAGUUAUAGAUAUAUUUGAUGAAGAUGGCAAUGGAGAAGUAGAUUUUAAAGAAUUUAUUCAAGGUGUAUCACAAUUUAGUGUCAAGGGCGAUAAGGAAUCUAAAUUACGUUUUGCAUUUCGAAUUUAUGACAUGGAUAAUGAUGGAUAUAUAUCAAAUGGUGAAUUAUUUCAAGUUUUAAAAAUGAUGGUUGGUAACAAUUUAAAAGACACUCAAUUACAACAAAUAGUUGACAAGACUAUAUUAUUUGCUGAUAAAGAUGAAGAUGGAAAAAUUAAUUUUGAAGAGUUUUGUUCAGUUGUUGGUAAUACUGAUAUACACAAAAAAAUGGUUGUUGAUGUUUAAGUUGAUUAUUAACAUAUAUCUCAUUCAAUUGAAAUCAAUCAAGCAUUUUUACAUGGCUAUUAUUAAUAUUUUGCAUCUUCAAUAUUCAUAUAAAUUGUACAAAAUAACACUUUAUAAUAUGAAAUUAUUUGCUUUUAAAUCAUUUGUCAAUCAUAAUAUAAUUUUUAUUGAGCUAUCAAAA